AACCGUGACGCCAUAAAGAAAAGAAGAAGUAAAAAAAAAAAAAACAAAGCUAGAAGAAGAAGAACCUCCAAACAAACCUAACUGAUCAACCGAGAAGAACAAUUUAUCUGGUGCCUCUGUGAACAUGCGGAGCCUCUUUAUCCGGAUCCCCGCGGCCGUCUGAGGGCAGCCAUGAUUUCCGUCAGCUACAUCCUGCUGUGCGGCCAGUUCCUGCUGCUGCUCGCUGUUGUCUUCUUACAAUGUCUGGAAGGAAUUCACUCGCAGAACUCGAGCAGCGCAGCUCCCACCGCUGCUCCGGCCUCUUCUCCCACGCAGGGAGCCUCCUCGGCGCCGUUCACCACGCAGCCCGAGCUGCCGAAGGACGAAGGCCCGGUGGACAACGUCACGGUGUAUGAAUACAGGCCUCCAUCCCCGGUCGUCCUCUGCAGCUAUCUACCCGAGGAGUUCAUCUACUGCCAGGACCCCGUGGAUCAUGCAGUGAACCACAGCGUUUUGCUGGAGAUGGGCCACGGCUGUGCUCGGUGGGGCGGCCAGACGAAGGAGGAGGUGAACCACACGCAGGUCAUCUGCACUGCGCUGGAUGGCAUCGAAUGUGCGGGAGCCAGGGAAUUCCUCCGGGACGGCGUGCCUUGCAUCAAAUACACGGGACACUACUUCAUCACCACGCUGCUGUACUCCUUCUUCCUGGGAUGUUUCGGCGUCGACCGCUUCUGCCUGGGCCACACGGGCACGGCGGUGGGGAAGCUGCUCACCCUGGGGGGCCUGGGAAUCUGGUGGUUCGUGGACCUGAUCCUGCUCAUCACCGGUGGCCUGAUGCCCAGCGAUUACAGCAACUGGUGCACCUACUACUGAGGAGGACAGCAGAGCCCCCCCCUCUGAACUGCUCUGUUUGAUAUUUAUUAGCCUGAAUCGGAAGAACUGGACCGAGUCUGUGGGCUGUUGAUGAGUGGAACCCUGUGAAGUAUUGGGGUUCCCUGACAGGGUCCAAAACAUGAGAAAUGAUCUGAAUACGUUUAAUUAAAACUUUCUUAAAAUUUCCAGCUUUCCAAAUAAUAACUUCUGUUUAAGUUCCAGGGUGCAGCAGUGCAGCAGCUGUUGUUUAAAAAAAAAGAAAAAGAAAAUCAUAGACCUAAAUGAAUAUUUCAGGUUAUAUGUAGUUGAAGCCAUAUCUGCUGCCCCGGAUGGCAGAUCAGACGGCAUGAGGAGGUCGGAGGUGGGGACUUGUAAAACAUAUCUGACCACAAAUACGUUGCUGUAUUGACUGUUUUUUUUUUUUUUUACACACCACAGAAUUAGCUACCUUUAGGAGGCCAGUGACAUCAUUGCAUCCUGCUUGACAAUAAUUUGGACCAAAAUGUCCAACAAAUGGAUCUUGUCGGACUAAAUAAAUGUAUUUUCUCUAAAAAGAAUCCAGCAGAUAAACGUCAUAAAUGCUUUGGCUCAAGGCCUUAAAGUUCUGAGGAACAAACGGGCUCAUUUGAAGAGAUGUGGGGCCCAUGGAGGAGUUUCUGGAGAUUACACCCAUAAGUACAGAUUCAACACAUUCAGCAUUUACACAAAACGGUUUAAACAAAAAUCGUUAAUAUAAUAAACAAAAUUCUACUUCUAGUAAACUAUAUAACAAUUUGUUUUACUAUACAAUUUACUUCAUUUAUUUACAUAUUUAAUAGCUGCACAUAUAAAGAACAUAAAAUGUAGCACAAACAUCUGCUAAAGGUAAUAGUUGGGUAUUGCAAGAGAAAAGACAUACGUGUGAUGUUUGUUAAACUCCAUGUCAAACUCUGAAGUUAUGUUUACAUUUUUAUAAAUAGAUCUUAAACUUUAAAAAAUGUUUCUCUCGACAUUAGGAAAAACGCCCAAAGGCUUCUAAAGCCCUGAAAUGUCUCUUGAGGCAAAGGAUAAGUAUGGGCGCCUUCCUUUAGCUAGCUAAGCUGAAGUAUGCAGCAACAGGUGGAGGAGGGGCAUUGCUGUAUUGCUCAGCCGUUCAUACACUGGUGAAAACUGGCGCUCGCUCUGAUAUCUCAUUGAAAGGUCUUUAAACCACAAUAACAACGAGACUUAAGCAGCUUAGAAACCUUUGCUUUUUACAUCCUGAAUGUAGCCUGAUACUGAUAACCAGACCCCGCCGAGAUGAAGAGAUUCAGACUGACCACACCUGCCCAUAUGAAAGAGGCUUUUUGACGUGAUUUCUCUUUAGCAGUUCCCAACAUUUUAACCAAUGUUUGGUGGUUAAACUUUGUGUUUCCUUUCACUGGAGACUAGAUGUGGAAGAGCCAGAACAUUACUAGCUCGGAGAUUAUUGAAGCUUGUAGGUUAGAUGAAUCUCAAUAUCUGUUUCUUCAGUAUCAAUUUCACCGUAGAAGUGAUCAUAAUUUAUAUUUAAAUUGUAUUUAUAAAUUAGCUACAGUUCUGGUAAAUAAAAUUGGUAUUGACAGGCAAAAUACAAGUUUAAAAUUAAACUUUAUACGAUACUAAGAGAAUUAUAGAUUUUUUUUUUCAUUUUAAAGAAAAGUCCAGGUAUUUUGGUAUUCUGGUUGCAGAAAUAAGGUAAAAACAAUCUAAACUAUAUUUCAUCUACAAUAUCACAUGCUGAAAAUAGGCAAUUAUUUCUACAAUUACACAACAGAACUGCCUUUCCUAACUAGGUUUAAAAGUUGAACUCUACUUUGAAAAAAUUGAUCUUUUAAUUGAGACCAUCAACAAGCAUGUAAAACUCAGAUGUGCUUCAUGGUCUCAUAAAGGUCAGCCGGGCUUGUUGGGCGAGGAGGUGAACAUGAGUUGCACCGAUCAGAAUGUUGGGGAUAAUAUUCAGUCCCCUGGAAGCGCUGAUAACGGUUUGAGAGGAUUCUGAUUUCUUUUUAAUAUUUUAAAAGUGCGGGACAGGAUCCAGAUUAGUUCUAUCAGCCGCCUUCUCGAGGCUAUCAUUUAGAUCCACGUUAUAAGAGAACAGUUUCUGUCAUCUUGAACCAUCUUUAGCAUUUUAAAUCAGCGAAUAAAGCUUUUGUUUCCCAGUUGUAGAUGUCAGUCCUUGUUCAUAUUCUGGAAAAGAUCCUUACCACAACGCCGAGGUUUCCAGGAAGCUACCACAUGUCCAAAUUAACAUUUAAAACUCAUGAGGGUUAAACAGGACAAGUUUGCGAGUUCAGCCUUCUUAUGUGUUGACAGUCUUGUUCUUCCUCAGCCUGAAUCAAUGGCAGACAUGUCUCAGCAUGCAGAAAAUACAUUUUCCUUUUUAAAUAACUUCUGACAACUCCGUUCUUCUGAUUUUACCUUUAAACACCUCGCUCAAAUUGAAUGUAGCUAACGUUAAAUCCUCUUCAUUCAGCAACAUGAUCCACCCCGAAGAGCGGUACCUGGAGCAUGGUGGAUUCAUGGAUCUGACAAAACAUCUUAAUGUUUCACUACAAAACUGAUUCUGGUCACCAAGAGAUUUCUCAGUGCAUCUCUGCACGUAUAGUCUUUCCCAAUUUGGACCUUGUUUUAUGUUAACAGUAGCAUUCAUUCUCUAAAUCUGAACACGGUAUUGGUACCUCCUCUCAAUUGUACUUAAUGGUAGUCAGGGAUCCCCCACCCCCAGAAGUUUCCCCCAGUCCCUUUUUGAAUAACUCUGCAUGCACAAGACCAUCUUACCUGCUGUUCUUAGGGGGCGAGCCUGGUCUUAUUACUUUCUACUGAGGCCUUCCUCUUCUUUAAAACUUGUAUGCAGGUUUCUUCUUGCGACUCUAAGCCAUGUUCAUGCUAAGUAUACGGACCGAGCAGCGGAGCUACAAUGAACAGCUAACUGCUAAGCUAACCCGAUACAUAAACACUAGAAGUGCGCUUGUGCAGCCAGCAAGCUGAAACUAACGAGGGAUGUGCACACACUGGCAUUAGGUGAAUGUGUCAGAAUGAUUGGCAUGUGGGCCACCAAUAGAAAUGGAAAUAUCCCCGGAGCCUGAGGGACAGAGGGGGGUGAGAGCAGGACCAAAACUCUGACAAAUCUCUGCUGUUCAGUCCGAAUGACAGGAUUGGUCAGAGUUUUUACAGGCCUGCAGCUUUCACAGAGAUAUUUUUAACCUCCGUUCUCUGAACACAAUGUUUUGACUACCUUCAGGGUGGAAGAACCAUUUCAUCCAGUAUAACACAAAAUGUUUCUGAGGUUACAUUAGAAACAUAGAUUUUCUCUAAUUAUCCAGACGUGAACCAAAGGCUGCAGCUCUGCAUGCAUUGACCCGGUCAUUUUAUGUCGUCUCCCCUGUAAAUAUUUCCCUCAUUCUGUUUGACCUCAUGUUCACUGCAUCUGCUUUGUUUGGAUUAAGUAAAUGUACUUUCCCCUUUCCUUUGUGGUGUCACAUCAUAUAAAUGAAAAUUUCCAUGCCAAAUCAUGGUUUGUUUGUCGUCGCCCGUGUUGAGCUGUUCACAGAUGUGAGCACCUGGGUUUAAAGUUCACCAUCAAACGCGUAGGCUAGAUGUUUGGUCUGUGCUUGGAAUGGAUUUCCGUUUAUUUCCACCUGCUUGGCUCUGCUCUCAUUUAUCAAACCCUGAUAUAUCGGCUCUUUUUCUUGCAGCCAAGAAGCCACAGUGCUGUUGAACAAGUCUGGUUUAAAAACUCAUUCUAUCCCUCUGAAGAUCUGCUUUCGCACAAACACUCGGCUGCUUGUAUGGGUCACAGCCCACAUAGUCCACACAUCCUGGCUUUAACAGGUUCUUCUCAAGCGGGUUUAGUUUUUUUAAGUUCAAUGUUUGUUAUCUGCUCUUCGACUGGUUACCAUCUGAGUCGCAUCAGACAGGAAGAAAACUGCAGAUAAGAACAUGUUCUCAUAAACGCGAAGACAAAGUGAUGUUUCAGAGGUUUCUUCAAUAUUAAUGUGAGGAAUAUAGUCUGGGAGAGCAUUAUUCUGCUCUGCUGAGCUGCAGGCAUGAUCCCAAUCAAAUGUUCUAAGCUUAAAAUAACCGUGACCUUCCCUGACCUUCCUACAAUGAGGCUUAGGUCUCAGGUUAGAUCGUUAAAUAUUUAAAUGUUCCUCUUCUGUUUAUUUUCAAAGUUUUUUCAAAGCUCAUUGUUUAUUAGUAAAGGGAUCUAGGUGACCUUUUUAAGUAGAGAUGCCAAAAUUACACUUUUCCCGGCUGAUGCCAAUUUCUGAAUUGUUUUUAUUGGUCUGACUUGUUGAUUGAAUUAUUUUAUGUUUAAUAUUUGUUGCUCCCCUUAAGGAUCGGAACACAUUAAAAGUCCAAAAUGUGCUACAGGUUUUUGAAUAGAUGUUAAGCUUUGAAUCCAGCAGUAAGUUACCAGAUUCCUACUUGUACACCGCACACUGUUUGCUAUGCAGACUUCCUCACUUUAGCAUAAAUAGUUGCCGAGCUGACCAUCAUAACCAAAUAAUCUGCUGUGUCAAGGUUUUGUAAGCUGAUGUAUAUAAUAGUGAUCCAUUUUAGCUAGCUUUUGUUUUCUGAACUCUAAUCCACACUCCUGUUUAUUUAUUGAUUAGCUUUGUCUGUUUCACAUCUUGUACACUGUUGAGAAAAUGUAUAUAGGUAUUUUGUGUUUCCUUGCAUCUUGCGAGGCUUUCAGUUUCUUCAAAAAAGUCUCACGAGUCCCCAGAAAGCCCAGUUGGUAUUGUUGUGGUUCAGUGGAACCCAAAGUGUCUCAUGUUGUUAAUCACGGCUCCCACUCCGUUUGAAUCAAUAAAAAAACCUUCUUGUUC